UUUGAUAAAAAUCGACCAUCUUUCAAUUUAGUCGAUAAAAAUUGGGUCUUUCGAAUGACAGGCAAUUGUUUAUUUGAUUUUCUUCCUUGUAGUUUUUUUCUUUUUUCAUAAACUUUUUGAGCAAGGAGUCAUUUCAUAUUGAGAUUUCUUCAGACGCGUAGCAGAAAAAAAAGACUCGAUUACAUUUUUAAUGAACUUCAUUUUAUAAGCAAGACUUAAUUCAUUCAAAAUUAUUUUUGAAAAGGCAAUUGUAUGAAAUAAUUAGAUUAAAAUUGAAUAAAAACAUUGCCAUUUUAAUCGAUUUUUUUAUCAGAAAAGCUAAACUAGAAUCAGACUUUUUUUCAUUUUUUUGGCACAGGGCAAACAUUUUUGCCCUGUGACGUCUCUGGUGUGGGUGUAGCUAUUUCUCCUAAAAUCAGCACUCACAUACGCACUUGCCCACACUCUCUCUCUAAGGCUUGCUUAUAUACGGAAUAUACAUGUGCAAUUAACAUUAGUCAUUUUAGAACUUUCUGCUAAUUAAAGCGAAUCUUUCUAAAAAUGAGCUAAUUUAUUUAUUUUGUUUUUUUAGGUGCAAAAUAUUAUAUUCAAUAUGCUAAAGAACAAUUUUUACUUCGUUAGUCAACAUUAAGUCGUUUAAGUGAAUAUGGUCGUAAAACAACAAUUCAAUUAAUUCAACCAUAUUAUGAACUUGAUCAAUUUCUUAUUUUUAUUGAACAAAAUUUACCGUUAUUAAAAUCUGUUGAAAAUCGUUAUUUAACAAAUAAUAAAAAUGAUACAACAACACGAGAUUUAUUUCUCGAACGUGUACAUAAUGAUUUAUUAUCACAAUGGCAAUUACCAAAUGUUAUACGUAGUUCAAUACAAACAUGGAAUGAUAUUGUUACAAAUCGAUCAUUAUUUUUAGAUGUAUGUAUCAAAAAGUUAACUUCUUUUAAGGUUAAAACC